AUGAAGCGGCCGCGUGAAGAGGUGGGCUCUCAUCAACUUACUGCCUUCCAGCCAACUCCCUCGCGGCGGCAGCACCAAAACGCACGCCAGCAGUUGCCCAUCUGGCGACAGAAAACUUACGUUGUCGAGACUGUGCGGCGACAUGCCAGUGUUGUUCUCGUGGGCGAGACUGGCAGUGGAAAGAGUACUCAGGUACCUCAGUUUUUGCUCGAUGCUGGUUUUUGCGCUGGCAUCGUCGAGGCUCAAGGUAGCACACCAUCGCCGAUCCGGGCACGCAAACUGAUAGCAUGUACUCAACCACGACGCGUGGCGGCCAUUACUGUGGCUGGGCGGGUAGCCGAAGAGAUGGGUUGUGCGUUAGGCCAAGCCGUCGGCUAUGCGGUUCGCUUCGACGACAAGACCGGCCCGCGCACUGUCAUCAAGUACAUGACCGACGGUGUGCUUUUACGAGAAGCCAUGACUGACCCACUUUUAACGCGGUACGCUGUUAUUAUCCUGGAUGAAGCUCACGAACGGUCGUUGCAGACGGAUAUCUUGUUUGGGUUGAUCCGGCGUGCGCAGCGAGAACGCGAGGAUCUGCGCGUAGUGGUGAUGUCAGCUACCCUGGAUGUGGAGGUGUUCCGGCGAUUUUUUGAGACUGGAGGGAGAAAAGAAGAGAAGGCAUUGAUCAAAAGGCACGGAGAAAACGGGAAGCAUGAGAAAGGAAAGCUUUCGCGCGAAGGCCAGGCGUCCACGGUAGGCGUCGUGCGGAUCGAGGGCCGACAGUACGGCGUGGAGGUGUACUACUGCGAGGAGGCACAAGAGGAUUCCAUCGACGCAGCUUGUCUGGCCGUCCUUCAAAUCCACGAGAGCGAGCCCCUCCCCGGGGACAUUUUGGUGUUCCUCUCCGGUCAGGAAGACAUCGAGGCCCUUGCCGAGCUUCUGUCGGAGAGCGCCGGAACCGAUACUUCUAUCGGCAAGACAGGGCUAUGCAUGGAAAUUUGCCCUCUCUACUCAGCGUUAGCCCCGGAGGAACAAGCCAAGGCCUUUCAUCCUCCCAAGGGCCCCGCGAAGAGCACCCGAAAAGUCAUACUGGCCACGAACAUCGCCGAGACCUCGGUUACGAUCAACGGUAUCCGACACGUUGUUGACACGGGCUGGGUUAAGGUUCGACGCUACGUGCCUUCCACCGGACUCGACAGCCUCAAGACCACACAGAUUGCCCGAGCUCAGGCUCAGCAACGGACAGGCCGGGCCGGCCGGGAGGCGCCUGGGAAGUGUUAUCGCCUCUUUACCGAGUCCGCCUUCGAACGUCUGGACGCCGUGCCCCAGCCAGAGAUUCAGCGGGUAAACCUCACGCAGGUCGUGCUGCAACUCCUGGCCAUGGGUGUGGACGACCCUCAGCAUUUCGACUACCUGUCUCCCCCCUCAGCUACGGCCUUGGCCCGGGCCUUUGAGACCUUACUCGCCCUGGGCUGCAUCGCAGAGGGAGGCUUGUCACCUGGAGGGAACGUUGAUGGUACACGCAUUUUAAUCCCAGAAAAGGACGACAGACAGGCUGUGGAGGCCCAGGCGGACCAGAAGCCAUCGGGCCCUGCCAAGUCGCGCCCGGUAAUCACCCCGCACGGCCGUCGAGUGGCCUCCCUGCCCCUAGACCCCGUCUACGCACACUUCGUCCUCCGCGCCAGCGAACUCGGCUGCCUCUUUGAGGCGUUGACUGCCGUUUCCAUGCUGUCAGCGGAGAACGUCCUUUACAUGCCCUCCCCACACGGAGGCCCUGAUGCAGCUGAGCAACGAAACCGCGCCACGACUGCUCAUCGCGCGUUGGCAGCCUACGAUGGAGAUGUUCCUACUCUGGUGCACAUUUAUGAGCGGUGGGUGGCGGCGAAGAAGGGAAAUCGAUGGUGCUGGGAUCAUUUCGUGAACGCGCGGGCCAUGAAAAAGGCCGACGAGGUGCGGGAGCAAUUGCUGCUUCUGGUCCGUCGCCUGGGCUUAGACCCUUCCCAGUCCUGCGGGAACGAGCGGCAGAUCUUUCUCCGGAGUCUGGCUGCGGGACUGUUUUUGAACGUCGCACGGCGCCAGCCCGCUACCUCCCCCGCCCUGGGCAAAUAUUGCUACAAGAUGCUGGCGAACGGGCGGGAGGCGGCCAUUCACCCUUCCAGUGUCCUGCACGCCCGGAAUCCGGCCCCCCAGUGCGUCGUCUUUACGGAGGUCUUGACAACCAGUCGUCCUUACAUUCGCGGCGUCAGCAUCGUGGACCCUGCUGAUUUGCAGGAACUGGUGCCGCAAUUUUUUGGGCGGGCAUGA